CAAAACCUGACUCCACUGAAAGCAAGUUGUAAACCUUGACUGUAUUUCGUUAACCACAUUUGCUCUUGGUUUUGACCGCAUACCAAUUUUGUUUUGUGGUGAAGAUGGGGGUCCCGAAAUUUUACCGAUGGAUUUCAGAGCGAUAUCCUUGUCUCAGUGAAGUUGUCAAGGAACAUCAGAUUCCAGAAUUUGACAAUCUCUAUCUGGACAUGAAUGGGAUUAUCCACCAGUGUUCCCACCCGAACGACGAGGAUGUCCACUUUCGCAUCUCUGAGGAAAAGAUUUUCGCUGACAUCUUCCAUUACCUGGAAGUACUCUUCAGGAUUAUCAAGCCCCGCAAGGUCUUCUUCAUGGCUGUGGAUGGUGUGGCACCAAGGGCAAAAAUGAACCAGCAGAGAGGACGGAGAUUCAGGUCUGCCAAAGAAGCCGAGGACAAGAUAAAAAAAGCCUUGGAUAAAGGAGAGGUCCUCCCCACAGAGGCUCGCUUCGAUUCCAACUGUAUCACUCCUGGCACUGACUUCAUGGCGAGACUUCAGGAGCAGCUCAAAUACUUCGUCCACAACAAGGUCUCCACUGACAAGCUGUGGCAGAAUGUCAGAGUCUACCUGUCUGGUCAUGAGACGCCGGGUGAAGGAGAACACAAGAUCAUGGAGUUUAUUCGCUCUGAGAACUCAAAGCCGGGUCACAACCCCAACACCCGACACUGCCUAUACGGCCUGGAUGCUGACCUGAUAAUGUUGGGUUUAACCAGCCACGAGCCAAAUUUCUCGCUGCUCAGAGAAGAGGUCCGCUUUGGAGGAAAGAAAUCACAGAAAAGGAUAACGGCUCCGGAGGAGACGACUUUUCACUUACUCCACUUGUCUCUGAUGAGGGAGUACAUUGACUAUGAGUUCUCUGAGCUCAGGAAUCACAUUGGUUCUGAUUAUGACUUGGAGCGAAUAAUAGACGACUGGAUUCUAAUGGGCUUCCUAGUGGGAAAUGAUUUCAUCCCUCACCUUCCCCAUCUUCACAUCAACCAUGAUGCUUUGCCUCUGCUAUACAAGACGUACAUCAGUGUACUACCGAGCGUGGGGGGUUAUCUGAAUGAGAACGGACAUCUAAACCUCAGAAACUUUGAGAAGUACCUGGAGAAGCUCGCUGAGUUUGACCGGGAACACUUCAGCGAGGUGUUUGUGGACUUGAAGUGGUUUGAGAGUAAAGUUGGUAACAAGUAUCUGAAUGAGGCCGCUGGACUUGCAGCAGAGCAGGAAGCCGCGAGCAAAGAAACCAACAAGAUGGAGGACUCUUCCCUCUGUCUGGCAGCUCUGACCUCAUCAGAUGAAGUGAUUGGAGAAGGAAAGUUAGCAGCGGCAGAAGAUGAGGAAGAGGAGGACGAUAUUUUUGAAACUGAGUUCAGACAAUACAAACGCACCUACUACAUGACCAAGAUGGGCGUGGAUGUGGUGUCUGAUGAGUUUCUUGCCAAGCAGGCCAAGUGUUAUGUGGAAGGCAUCCAGUGGAUUCUCCACUACUAUUACCACGGGGUUCAGUCCUGGAGCUGGUACUACCCCUACCACUACGCUCCCUUCCUGUCUGACAUCAGGAAUAUAGCUGGGUUAAAACUGACCUUUGACCUCGCAAAACCCUUCAUGCCCUUCCAGCAGCUUUUGGCUGUCCUGCCUGCUGCCAGUAUGGCGCUGCUGCCUGAGUGUUACAGGCACCUGAUGACCAGUGAAAGUUCGCCCAUCAUUGAGUACUACCCUCUUGACUUUAAAACGGACCUCAAUGGGAAGCAGCAGGAGUGGGAGGCUGUGGUGCUCAUUCCCUUCAUAGACGAGAGGUGCUUACUAGCAGCCAUGGAGCCCUACAGCCACAAAAUGACUAAAGAAGAGAAAUCCAGGAACUGCCACACAGAGUGUGCAGUCUACUCAUACGACAGUGAGUUAGACUUCACAUACGCCUCCACCCUGCCUCAGCUGUUCCCCGACAUCGUCCACUGCCAUGCCAGGAAAGCACACAUCCCCAUGGACGCCUGGCAGGUGCCUUUGGACCAUGUCAGCAGGCCCAUCGACCGCUCGGCUCUGUACUUCUGUGGCUUCCCCACUCUGCAGCACAUCAGACACAAGUUUUUCAAGAAGAAGAGCGGGGUGGUCGUGUUCCAGCAGAGCAGCCGAGGGGAGAACAUGAUGCUCGACAUCCUUCACAGCCAAGAAGGAGAAACGUUAUGUGAUGAUGUUGCUGCACAAGCACUGGGGAAGUCUGUGUUUGUGAACUGGCCCCAUCUAGAGGAAGCUCGUAUCAUUGCAGUGUCAGAUGGAGACACCAAGUUUUGUCUGGAGGAACCACCUGGUGUCCAGAGAGUGUAUGACCGACCCUCCACUCCUCCUCCCACCAAAGUCACCUGCCUGUCUGACAAGGAGCAGAAGGAUUGGGUGAAGGAUGUCCAGGGACUCACUGAAUAUUUCUUCAAGAGGAAAGGCAUCAUAGUGAAUGAUACAGAGGUGGUUUUGUACGGCCAGUUGCUGACAGGAUGGAAGUAUGUCCCCAAAGCCAACGGAGUGGUGGAACUAGAGAAACAGUGGGCCAAACAAGUUCUUCCUUUCGCCCACCAGACCGUGGUUAAGGACAUCAAGGCCUUUUACUCGUCUCUGACCUGUUUUAAGAGCUUGGACGAGCUCUUUCCUCAAGCGACUUCCGUCUUCAUGGUGGGGAACCCGUACUACGGCGCCAUGGGAGAGGUGCAGGAUUCUAGUGACGUCAUCAAAGAUGGCCGCGUACGCGUGGUCUUCAACGUGCCGCAUGAACCGCAGCUGGAGCCCUUGAUCCAGAAUCAGCAUAAAUACUGUGUGAAGUACAGUCCUGGAUAUGUUCUGGCGUCUCGUCUCGGCAUCACCAGCUACCUCGUCUCCCGCUUCUCAGGAAGCAUCUUCAUUGGGAGAGGCUCUAAGAAGAAUCCCUGUGGGGAGCAAAGAGCUAACGUUGGCCUGAACCUCAAGUUCAACAAGAAGAAUGAGGAGGUUCCUGGAUACACCAAGAGAACCGAGAAGGAGUGGCUCUACUCAGCUGCUGUGGAGGAACUGCUCGCCGAAUACCUGGACAGAUUUUCGGAGGUUUUCGACUCGGUGUCCAGAAACAGUCAUGACGAUGUUUUCUAUGAGGACGACAUCUGGCCUGGAGAGGACCAGAAUGGGGCAGAGAAGGUCGCCGAAAUCACUUCGUGGUUGAAAAGUCACCCGGUCAGCUCCAUCAGCAGGGCGUCAUGUGAUCUGCAGGUGCUGGACUCCGCCAUCGUGGAGAGGAUCGAGGAGGCGGUGGAGAAAACUAAGGUGAAGAAGAGCACCAAGAAAGUCCGUGUGACUGUCAAGCCUCAUCUGCUCUUCAGGCCGUUGGAGCAGCAGCAGGGUGUGGUUCCAGACCCGGAUGCAGAGUAUCGCCUGUUCGACAGAGUGGUCAACAUCAGGGAGAGCUUCACCGUCCCACUGGGACUCAGAGGAACCGUUGUCGGCAUUAAAGGAGCGGAGCGUGAGGCGGAGGUUCUGUAUGAAGUGCUGUUUGAUGAAGAAUUUGCUGGUGGUCUCAACAUCAGGUGUACCUCGCCUCGUGGUUACCGCCUCCCUCCCUGCGCUCUCAUCAAUCUUUCCCACGGAGCCCGAGUGGAUCACACCUCUCACAAACUCACCGCCAUCGUCAAACCUCAGCCCGCCGCUGGAGCUAACUUCAACUCACACCGGCAGCUGGCCGGCCUCAACCAUUCGCCGCGGUCACCCUUCAUACCCACACAGCAUAACAACAAACAAGGUGUGAUGAAGGCGGGCUCCCAGGGCAACAGGAACUCUCCCUCUAAGGGUCUCCAGAAACAACAGGGCAAGAGUAAAGAGGAGUACACCAAUGUGUGGCAGUCUCUGCAGAACUCGGGCCCUCCGAACAAACCUCCCGCUCACUGGCAGAAUAAUGAAGGACACCCGCAGCAGGGGAAGAACCAGCACACAACCCCCAACAAAGCUGCUCCAGUUGGUGGCAUCAGACUGCUGAAGAAAAAUGAGGACGUCGACUCUCUUUUCCCCUCACAGAACACAGCCAAUAAGACUUCCACCGAGUUUGAAGAUCUCAUUGCCAGUCUAAAGAUCUCUGCGGGAAGCCAGCAGACCCCACCUCCUCCUGCUCUUCCACCCGCACCCACCAGCCAGUCAGACGGCCCUCUGUCUCCGCAGUCCUUCGCCAUGAAGGGAACCCUGGUACUGAAGGAGAUGCUGAAGAUUGACGGUGCUGGAUCAGGAAGUCCCUCCUUCCAGGACACCGCCCCCUCUGGAGGUCAGCAGGGGAACAGGAGACGAUCAUCCAAGAAACUAGCGGCAAAGAUGAACGUCCCCCACAGUGACUCGGUCGCAUUAACUUCUCCUGCAUCAGCCGCCUCCACCAACACUGUGCUGAGCAGCAAGGUGUCAGAGCUGGCGUGUGUCUGUGUGGGGUUAGGCAUGGCACCGCCCGACUUCAGCUAUAUAGGCAACAGACAGGGUCUCGUCGUGUGUCAGGUGAAGCUGUCCAAUGGGUUGAUGGUUCACGGUCCACAGUGCCAGUCAGAAAAUGAUGCCAAGGAGAAAGCUGCCUUCUUUGCCCUCCAAAGACUGAACUCAGUGGGAUCAGGCUUCCCCCUCCCACCUCCUCUAUACCCAGGAGUGGGUCAGAUACGACCUCCACCCAUGGGAGCCAUGAACCCGGUCUUCAACCAACAAGGUGGCUUGCUGUUGCCCCACCAGGGUUAUGCUCCUCCCCCUCUGUGGGGAAUGGCGCUGCCUCCGCACCACCAGAGCCAACCCUUUUAUGGAGCAGCAGGAACCUUCCCUGGCGCCGCCCGCCCCCAGCCCGCUACAACGUUGCCCAUCGGCUCACACAACCAGUUCAUCCCGCUACAGGUGACCAAGAAGCGGGUCUCAGCCAAUAAGAAGAACCAGGAAACUCGAGAAUUUUACAGCGCCGCCCACACCGUGGCCAGGAACCAAUCACAGAGGGCCCAGAACCCGCCCUCUGGCCAAUCACACUUUCAGAGUGAACCACUGAGCGGUAAAGUCGACCAGCCACGCCAACACGCCGCCAACAGUGACCCCUCUUCGUCCAGCGCCAGCCUAGCAGAUGCCAUUUCCACGAUGACAGCAGCCCCGCACACGCCCCCUCGACAAAACAACCCGUCAACAGGCCACACCCCUGGCUCCGCCUCCAAGAGGAAGCACAGGAAGCUGGCUGUCAACUUCGAGGCGGCUAAAGUCUCAGAGUGAUGAGCUGGGGUUUGUGAGUGAGUGAGUGUGUGUGAGUGUGUGAGGACAGAGGUGUGUGUGUAGUGUUUUUAAGUUACUGUUUCAACGCCUGACUCGGCAUCUCUGAUCAAAGUUUCUGUUCGCUCAUCAUUAAAACAUUGAAAGCAGCUUCAACUGAAACAAGGAAACAGAGGAAACUUUCUCCUCUUGUUUUACGCAUCUGCCUCUAAACGCAUUUCUUAAUUAUCCACCAUGUGACUGAACUCCAUCGCCCCUCUGUUGCUCACUCAGUGUUGUCGUUGUAAACGUCUGUCAAACCUAUCUAUUGUAGUUGUAAACUCCCUCUGAGAUGUUGCCUUCUUAAGUUUUUUUUUUUUUGUUUGUGUCCAGAGUGAUCCUACAGGUUUCUGUAGACUUAACGUACUGUGGUGAAAAGGAAGGGUGCAUUCUGGGAUGCAGCCAUACGUCCUGUUUUUCUUUUUCAGAGUAAAAGAGGUUACUAUUGUGGACCAGAAUUCCUCUUUGAAACAUGUAAAGGAAAACUAAGAUUUAUUUCAGCUUGCAGUUUAUUUUUUAUGGGUCCUAAUUACUAAUGAAGUAAUUGCUGAUAUCACGAAACAUCGCUACAAACAUCGACCGAGGCAACAUCCCCUUUUGUCCAGCGAGGCGGCAAAUACAAGCACUUAGGCGAUCACACUGGUUGUAAACGGAAACCAGGUUCGUCAAAUGUUUCUAAGAGAGAAAACCAAGGUGAGCAGUAACAUUAUUCCCAAUUAUUGUCCAGUGUAAACAUCCAUCCACAAAGCUGCUGCUGUAGUUCAUGCACUCUCAGUUUUUGUGUGCAGUGAGGGAGUAUUAGCAACAUUUCAGGUGUGCUCACCUUCAGUUUUCCCUCCAGAUACAGCGGUAGCUGAUCCCAUGAUCUGAUUUACUGUCUGAGCAAGUUUUGUGAGUACAGCGUCGUAUCAUAACUGAUCCUUUAGACUCCUGAACUUUAGGCUCCCGAUAUAGAAAUGUUGAGAUCUCGUGAAGUGAAGCACUGCCUCGGAAGUGCGUCGUCUUCAUUUGAUGUUACAUCUGAAACCACCAUGUUGAAACAUAACACAUGGCUCAUGUUGGAAAACAGGUAUUUUACAGUAACUAAAGCCUGAAUCAUCUGAGUCAGAUUUACAGUUUCUCCACAGAUGUUUCUGUUUGGGUACAACUACAGCCGAUAGAAAACAGAAAUAAAUGUGGUCUGGAUGUUUUUAUUCUGUUAAGCGUUGCCUUGUACAGGAGACAUUAUGGUGACAGACUGAGAACGUACGUCUGAAUGCUGAUUUGUUGAGAUCCAUCAUGCUCCUGGUCACACAGUGCCCUUGAUAUUUUUGGAAACCCUCUUGAAUCAAAAGUUAGAUCUUGGUUCUCAGGGACAUGUAGCUAUGGUAGACGCCCUCUUCAUACAUUAGACUCAGAUUUGCACUGCAGUGGCUGCUGCUCGCUCUCUCUCUCUCUCUCUCUCUCUCUCUCUCUCUCGCUCUCUCUCUCGCUCUCUUGCUCUCUCGCUCUCUCUCUCUCUCGCUGAAUAAUGGUAGACACACUAAGUUAUUUACAUGGACGUAUUUUUAGAAAACUGUUGGCCUUGUUUUGUUUUUUUUUAGGGAGAGUUGGUGCAGAAAUAGCAGCCUUCUGUCGUGGCUUCACUUCUACAUACUGCUCACAGUUUAUGAAUCAUUGCAGUCAUUUGUAUCAAAAUACAUCUGCUUUGUCAGGUUUGGAUCAGUGGUGUUAAUCAGGCCGAUAUUGAUUAUCUGUUUUAAUGUUUCCCAUUUAAUUGUGAUCAUUAAUAUCACAUUAUCAAGUUUCACAGCCUUUUAUUUCCCUCAGACAUUUGCUGCAUUUUUAUACUUUUUUUUUUUUUUUAGCGUCUGUGAACGACACCUCCAAAAUAAAGUCUGGACACAUUGAAGAACUGAUUGGAAUACAGCCCACACCCCCUAUAUAUACACACACACACACACACACACACACCAUCACAUAUAUGAUUACAUUGCCACUGCAGAGCUGUUUUACACCAGCACAUAACCCAGAGUCUGACUCGACCUACAAUAACAAGAGUUCAAAUCUCCAGAGGAUUUUUAUAUUUUCAUUUUAUUUUUAUGAACUGGACCCUGUGAAGUCCUUAUUAUUUUAAUGCUGCAGUCUACAAACUAAUUUGUUAGAUUUACCGAGUUCUGUUGGACCUACAGGAUCAUUUACACUGCCAGACUCUAAAAAAAAAACAACUUGAUACGAAGUUCAGAUUUGUGCUUUUAAUUGAAAUGUGUCAGGAAAUUAUGGCUGAUUUUACACAGGUGCAGAAAGAAACCAACCUUUUUUUGUCUCUUUUCUUGCUCCCACUAAGAUUAAACAGUUUUCUUGUGAAUGUGGAAGCUCAACAAGUUUAUAAUACCCUGUAUUUUGGAUAUUUUGAAUGGAAAUACAUAAAUACAAACCAAAAAUAUGGAUCUUUACUGAUUGUGUGAAAAUACCUGACACGUGACAGAAGUCAUGUUACAAUAUUGUUUGUCAGACAUUUUCAUUUCAAUCUGAAACCUUUGUUAUUGUUUGUACUCUUAGGGACCUUAAGUGUGUCACUAAGAGGUGUGUGUGGUGGAUCGGAGAACCACACACAGCUGGUGACCGAUGAGACAGAAAAAAAUAAGCGUUGACAUAGAGACAACACUUUGUACUAUAAGGUUAUUUUUGUAUCUGUGUAAAUGCAGCCGAAGAACAUUGUAACCUGCAUAACAUAUACUGAUAUAUUUAAACCAUUCAUAUAUUUACAUUAUGUGUCCACUAAAUUGAAUAUAAUCAGUCUCUGAGAGGUUUUUGAGAAUUACAUUUUGGGCUUUAUUGUACCCCUCUAUACACUUCUGGAUUUGUUUACACAUGCAGAUAAAAUCUCUCCAUUUUAAAGAUCUUUUUUUGUGUUUUUUAUGUUCGAGCUAUGGAUUUUAUGGAUACCCUUUUUAUAGACAUCUUAGGGUCUUUUCUAAGCAAUCUGAAUAAUUAUUGUUUGAAUAAUGUUUGUGGUGAAGCUACAGUGAUGGAAGCAGCUGUAGCGAUGAGUAAAUCAUAUUUACUUUGUCCUUGUUUUGAGGGACGCAGGUCUAUAGUAUGUUAUACGUGUUCUUUUUAAGGCUGAUCUCUGUCUUAACACCGACCCUGGGACUCAAGUCUAUAAGGCUCUGGUGCAAUAAGGGGAAGUUUUAAAACAUUUUGGAAAUGGAAGCACACCUGUUGUAUAUCUGUUUUUUGUUUUUUUUUGUUGUUGUUGUUUUGUUGUUUUUUUUUUUUUUUUU